CUAAACGUCGGCCAAUUCGUAGGAAUCGAAUGAUUCCUUCCACAUGAACAAAACCCUGUUUUUAAAUUCCGUAAUAGUUGUAUAGUAAUAACUCCAGGAUCUGAAGACUACGACUUCUGAACUGCGAACUACAGUAGCUCGUCUUCAGCGCGAAGCCGAAGAUUGGUCGGACACGGCGAGUAGUGAAGAACUGGCUGCUCUACGAAGGGAAAAAAGAGAAUUGGAAAGCAAACUAAGAGAACAGGAGGAGGAAUUGGACGAUUUGGUCGACACCAAUCACCGGUUGGAACAACAAAUUACUCGUCUGGAAAUGGGUACUGAGCGGCUAAAAUCCGACCUUACCCAUGAAUCCACGAGCAAGGAGACAGAGUUGGACGAGAUCCGUGGCCAUUACCAAAGAAGGUUACGCGCUCUCGAAGAUCAGCUGGACGAUUUGCAAAGUGCUAAUUCAACCCUUCUUAAAGAAAACCGUGUGUUAGAAGCGAGGGCGCGGCAGUUUGACAUAAGUAGGCAAAGCUUCGAGUUCUCUGGUGGACAAUAUCGUCGUGAACUAAGAAGAGUUCAAGCUCUACUGGCUGAUACUCAAGCUGUCUUAGCUCACGAAAGAGAAUGUGCACCUUCGCAACUCCUUCUACUGAUUAAACUACAAGACGAAGUUGAUGCGCUCCAACAACAAAUCAAAGAGGCGAAUUGUGGACGUGAAAAGGAGAGUGAAGCGCUGAGAAAAGCAAGGAAAGAAAAUGUGCAAUUACAAGAAACAAUUGGCGAGCUGGAGAAGAGGCAUCUCGACUCAGAGCAUAAAAAAAAGGCCUCAAAUGUUGAGAUCGAUCGUCUAGAAGAAGCAAACAAAAUUUUGACCGCGGAACUCAAGCUAGCGCAGCGACGUAUUGAUAGUUUGCAAUUAGCAUUAAGUGAAGGAUUGGAAGGUGAAGAUUCUGACGAGGAAAACGAGGAUUGUCACGCGUUGGAGGAUGGAAGAUCUGCUGGGUAA